CUCCUAAAGGUGUGGUGUAAGAGAAUGCUGAGGAGGAGCUCAGGGUUUAAUACACCUUCACAUAGCUGUUCUCUCUACGUAGCAGAGCUGGGAUACACAACAGAACAUCUCCACUCGCUCUGCAUGACAGCAGCUGAUUUGCCAGAAGGAAGUCAAUAACUAGUCUAGUAGCUAGAUAGAGGAUCAAGGGACAUAAGAGCCAGGGGUUAAGGCAAAAAAAGAGGGUAACGGGUAAACGAGUCAGUGUUACAGAAGGUUAUUGACAGGAAGGAUAAAGGCUAAUAGAAAUAGAUAACAGAUCAAUACAGGUCAGUAAAGCAGGUCAGACCUAAAUCAAGACCAGUGGCAGUCAGCAUCUGAGGACGUGGAUGGUAAUGCAGAACAAGUGACACCAAAAAUAAGACCCAUUCCAGUUCUGCUUCAUCUUUCCAACCACUUGCACAGAUGUCUGCCGUUUUGGAGACCAUAGGGUUUUUCUUUGGGGUCACAGGCUCCACCAUGUUGGGGAUCACUCUCUUCAAUUCCAACUGGAGAGUGUCAUCUGUGGAUGGGAACGUCAUCACGACAUCCACCUUGUUUGAAAACCUCUGGAUGAGCUGCGCCACUGACUCUACCGGAGUGUACAACUGUCGAGACUUUCCAUCUUUGCUGGCUCUGUCAGGAUACUUGCAGGCUUCAAGAGCUCUGAUGAUCUCUGCAUUGGUGUUUGGUUUUUUCGCAUGCUUAUUGGGGAUGAUUGGGCUCCAGUGCACUAAGGUUGCGGAUGGUAACAUAGCACUGAAGGGCAAGCUUGCAACAGCGUCUGGAGCGAUCUGGAUAUUUGCAGGUAUCUGUGCUGGGAUCUCUGUCUCGUGGUAUGCCUUCAACAUCACCGCAGAAUUCUUCAACCCUUUGUACCCUGGAACGAAAUAUGAGAUUGGUCCGGCUCUUUACCUCGGUUGGUCAGGUGCCCUACUGGAUGUCGUUGGAGGAGGACUGAUGUGCUGCUCAUACAAACAAGUGGCCAAAGCUAAAAGGACAUACAACUAUAACUACCGUCCAGCGAAUCCCCCGUCCUCGGCUAAGGCUGCCCCUCAAGCUGCCCUUCCGCGAUAUGAAUCUAGUAACAGUAUCUCUAAAUAUGGGAAGAAUGCAUACGUAUAGGUCUACGACUAUGAACUGAACAAAGUGCCUUGGAUAUUUCCUCCAGAACGUGACAUUUAUUUGUUAUCCACGUCGAGCUGUAAUGUCUUCAACCGUGGUCCGUCUGCAUUUUCAGUCGUCGAACCAUUACACAUUGCUGCUUUUUCUUAAAACUCCUGGUGUGGGCAUGGUGACUCGUUAGUGAGAGACGGUGAAUUCUAACCCAUCAGCACACGGCUCUGUAAAGGUCUACAUCAUCACAUCUAGCAAUGCUCAACUCAAGGAGACGAACACCAGCCCUCAUAGAUGCUUAUUUUCCAAUGUAUAUAGUAAAGGCUCUCAAUUUUCUUUACUGUUUUUUGAAAGAUUUUUGUGUACUGACACAGCAUAACAUGUUAAUUUUUGCCACCAAAGAAAUCUAUAAUAUCAUGAGCCCCGAAUCUGCUGGGAAACAUUUGAAUGACAUUUAUAUAUAUAUAUGAUUUAAGAGUCACUUUGAAGGAAAGCGGCGGGGAUGCCUGAAAAGCUUGAGAACGACCACUUGGAAAGGUAAACUAAUGGAUGAUGUGCCUGGCUCUACACUCAGAAAUGAGACUGCAAUCAUGAAAAUAGGCUGAAUGAUAAUUCAGCUUUGGUGGACGAAACCAAGACAUCCGAGAAGACUUACUUGAGCACUGUCCCAAAUGUAGAUAGUUUCCAUCAUGAAUACUAGAACCAACCGUCCAAGUAGAUGAUAUGUCUUCCAGAAAUGUCCUUAUAUUGUAACAUGCCUUACAGUAUAGUUUUCUACUUUCAUAAAAGUGAAUGGUCAUUGAUGGUUGGUACAUCUCCAGUCCUUGUCUACUUGAUGACUUUGGUCUCCAGGAUGAUGGAAGAUUACACAUUUGGUACAGGUCAUGGUGAGCUUUUGGGUAGCUUGCCUUGAUGAAUGUUGGCUUUACUAGUCUUCAUUGUUGGCGCUGUAUCACGUUAAUUCUCCAUUGGUCAACUUGUCUUCCACUGCCUCUGACAACCAUUUCAGACCAUGCUACCUGAUGAAUCAAACACCUGACCUUCUAUUUUUAUCAUCUUUAUUUAUUGCAUACAUACUGUAGAUUUUAUUUGGAGAAAAUUGGGCAAACCCGAUGAAGGAGAAAUUAAAGGAAAAUUCAAUAAUCCAAUGUAAAUACAGUAACUUGUCUUCUCCAAAACUUCUCUUAAGCUUUUGAUUUUGAGGACUCCAUAGCAGGGUCUUCCAGAUCAAGGGCAAGUCAAUAAAGUGUUGCUAGACCUAAAAAUUGUCAAAAUAAAUCAUUCUCACUUUAUGCUCCUCUGCAACUCCUGUUCAGAACCUUCCGGGUCUCCACUGGUCACUACUUCCUGGACCCUCUCAAACAUACAAGAAAUGUUUGCUCAACCAAUCAAUGGUCGCAGUGGUGACCCAUCUCAAUCAAUGAUUGACUGAGAGUUGAUUUACUUUGUGUCACGAGGGACCAGGAACUAGACCAGCAGGUACCAAGGCAACAUCAGAAUAGGACCUUUAAACAAAAAAAAAAUAUACACUGGCCAGACAACCCCUUUAAUAAGAGAUAUGUCUAGAAGUAUUAUUAUUAGGGGGUUAUUAUUAAGGCUGUUCAGGUCACAAUAACAGGUCUGCAAAUUCUGGAAGAUUUUUUGUUUUAAAAUGACUACCGUACUUAUCAAAAACAGUGAUUAGCAGAAUCCAUUCAAUUAGGCUUUGAGUAUUUGCUGGUCAAUAAGCAGUAGUACAUCUAAAAAAUGAGUCCUUCAAAAUAAUUCACUAAUUCAAGUCGCUAUACAGGGUAGCAAUUGUAAUAAGGUGGUAAGCACCUUCUGAAUUGCAUGUUUGGCCCCAUCCUUGUCACCCAAUCGAGAGAAGUCUUUUGGUCCAUAUUUGAACAUCCCAGGGUUAGACUUAGUCAAAUAUUCUGUAUAUGAAUUCAGUGAUGUCAUAUUAAAACUUCAGCGUAUUAUACCGGUUAUAUUUCCUGUUAACAAAGGACGGUUAUAUUCAUGUCAGUGAUACAGUAUUUUUAGAACUUUCCAUGGAGGACAUUAUUAGGCUAGUUUUACACCUGCAGAGAACUACGUGAAGCGCUUUUUGCUUGACCGACUUCUGGUAUAUUUGCCGGCGGAAACCCAUUAUAGUCAAUGGGGUCGGGUGGGUAGGCGGUAGUAUCUGCCAAUGCCGGAUCUGGAGAACUCUGGCAUAUGACAUCUAUGCCUCAGGUGUGAAACUAGCCUUAUAACGUUUUUGUAUUUUUUCACAGGGGGCAGUAUUACAGUAGUUAUGGGGUCAUUAUUAUAGUAGAUAAUGCAGGACUCCCAAAAGUAAAAUGUGAUGCUCCAAUAGGGGGCCGUCAUACAGCCUGAAGAGAAGAGUGUAUCGCUUUAACAGUGACCGCAUAGCUGUUACUGGAAUUACUCUUUAGACACUAUAUCCACACUGAGAACUGGAAACAAAGAGUUAAUAUAUUUCAAAUAUCACAGCUGACCCCCAAAUAUUCCAGAAAACAACACUCCAACAGAAUUGUGGAUUACUCACCAUAACAUCAGAAAAUGGAUACAGGGGAUGGGGCGCUAACAUUUAUGGGCGGAGCUACGGCAUGUCAGGGGAGUGGCCUAGGUCAUGAUAUUGAAUUUUUGUAGAAAAGUCAGCUAACUUUAUGCCAGUAGUUUUAUAUUGAUGUCCGGGCUCAGGCUUUUUACCUUUGUAAUAAAUCUAUGAAAUAAAUAUGUAAACUUUUGUCUAAUUAGAUGAAAUUUGUAAUAAAAUAUUUUUACGUAUGA